GAUAAGGCAAAGCCAUUGGGCUCGUCGGAGAGACAAGUAGAGAGCAGCGUAGUCGCCGCACUUAGCCAUGCUCGCCUCGCCGGCGCUCGCCGGCGCGCGCGCCUUCGCGGCGACCGUGUCCGGGAGCCUCGGCAUCCCCAUUCCGGCCAUCUCCGCGCCCUCGCCCUCGCAGGCGCGGCGGCGGGCCUCUCUCGUCGUCGUUGCAAAGGUCAAGGUGUCCACUCCCCAGGCCGACCGCAUCGCCCGCCAUGUCCGCCUCCGCAAGAAGGUUAGUGGCACCACGGAGAGGCCAAGACUCAGUGUUUUCCGCUCAAACAAACAUUUAUAUGCUCAAGUGAUUGACGAUACAAAGUCAUGCACUCUGGUUUCAGCUUCCACAAUGCACAAGUCUCUUUCAAAGGACUUGGAAUACUCGGCAGGGCCAACAGUUGAAGUGGCACAAAAGAUUGGUGAAGUGAUUGCCAAGUCUUGCUUGGAGAAAGGAAUUACCAAAGUUGUUUUUGACCGGGGUGGUUUCCUCUACCAUGGUCGCAUUAAAGCUCUGGCUGAUGCUGCUAGAGAGAAUGGGCUUGAUUUCUGAAACCUCCAAAUGUUUGUUCAUAUCUCCAGAAUCACUUGUUACUUUCUUUUUCGCCCACCUGUCGAACAGAGUUUUUCUUUGUAGUAAUUUGAUUUGCUCUGCAGGCUUGGCUACUCUUUAAUUGUAUAUCACCCCACUAUCAGCUCACCAGUUAUUGAGUUUGUCUGCUUCAUGAAGUUUCUUUUAACGGGCAUAUUUUCAGUUUAAUAGAUCAAUCUGUUGCCAUCCUA